AUGAUAACUCUAGACUCUCUCCCGUCAAUUGGGCUCUCCUCCGGCAUCCUCGCUCUUCUUCUAUGUUGGUUGUUUCGCCAUCAUGGAGAACGCGACUACCGUCCGAAAACGAAUGGUUAUCAACCAGUGGCCCGCUACCAUCAGUGGGACCCUAUUCUAGGGCUUGAUCUCGUAUGGAGUCAGGCCAUUGCAUUGCGGCAAAACCGUUAUCUCGAAUGGCUCAAAGACUUGCAUGCCAACAUGCCAAAAACGUUCUCUAUCAAUUUCUUUGGAGGGCGAUGGAUCUACUCGAUCGAACCGGAGGUCUUAAAGGCCGUUUAUGCCACGAACUUCAAGGAUUUUGGAGUAGAGCCCAUCCGCCGCCACACAAAAGGAUCGAUGCCGUUUGCUGACAAGGGAGUGAACACAACAGACGGCGAAGACUGGGCGUUAAGCCGGCAGCUCAUCAAACCAUUCUUCGAGCGCGAUGUGUAUACCAGCAUAGACCGCAUAACGCCAUUCGUAGAUCGUUUCAUGGAGUUGCUCCCUUGUGACGGCGAGAAGUUUGAUAUACAGCCUCUCAUUCAGCGCUGGUUCCUUGACCUUACUUCUGAGUUUAUAUUUGGCAAGUCUAUGGAUUCCAUGGCAGAUCCAGAGCGAGCGAAGAUAGCCUGGGCAAUGACUGAUGUACUGCGAGGCGGCCGUCUGCGCGCCCAAUCGCACAAGUUCAUGUGGGCAUUUAACUGGGAUUGGUGGCUUAAGGCUGUUGACGAAGUUCAUGCGUUUGUUAACCCGUACAUACGCGCCACGUUCAAGGAAAUCGAUGAGCGCGAACAGAGCGCUAAGCUCGGGCUCUCCCUUGCGCCAGAACGGAGCGACCUCCUCUGGUCCAUGGCAUCUAGCCUGAGGGAUGAAGAGCUGUUGAGAUCGCAGCUCUGUCUGAUUAUCGUGCCCAACAACGAUACGACUUCAAUCUUUAUCAGUAACUGCAUCUGGUACCUAGCGCGGCACCCUAAUUCAUGGGAGAGGCUCCGUCAAGAAGUUGCUGCUCUUGGAGAUGUGCCCUUGACCUUCGAGAUUUUGCGAAAUAUGAAAUACGUCAAUGGAGUUUUGAACGAAACGCACCGGCUCAUUCCAAAUAACGUCACCCAGCUGCGCGCUUGUGUUAACGAUACGGUGCUACCCGUAGGUGCUGGCCCGGACGGCCAGUCACCCAUGCAAGUGCGCAAAGGGGAUAUCGUGUCGGUAACCAAGACAGUCAUGUAUCGUGAUCGCGACUACUGGGGCGAAGACGCCGAUCAGUUCCGGCCCGAGAGAUUUGAUGGAUUUCGAGGGAAUUGGGGGUUUCUUCCAUUCGGCGGAGGGCCGCGCCGCUGCCCUGCCCAGAUGAUGGUGCAGACAGAAGCGGCGUAUAUGUUGGUGCGGCUUGCCAGGGUUUAUCGCCGUAUUGAAGCCCGGGACCCAGCCCCUUACAAGGCUGUGAUGAGAAUCGGACCAUCUAAUGACACAGGGGUGCAGAUAGCCCUGUACAGAUGA